AUGCAGAACUGCUACUACCCACUGCCAGUGCAGCCACGAGUGCCAGUGCCUGCAAAGGGCGGCGCGUCUGCACAGCGUCUGGAUGCAACGCGAGCAAGUACCGACGACAUGCGACGUCCUUUCAUGCAACUGGGAGCCAUUAGCGGUGCAGCAGGAUCGGCGUACGUCGAGUUGGGGCGUACGCGGGUGGUCUGUGCUGUUUACGGCCCACGGGCGGAUACGCGAGCGCGUCGCGAGUUCAGCAAAGAAGGCCAAUUGGUAUGUGAUGUUAAGUACGCUCCAUUUGCCGAUGAAUGGACUCGUCGCGAGCGUGGUCAGGACCCGGACGAGAUGGAGCUGUCGGCCAUUAUGGAGGAGGCGCUGGCCCCCGCUGUGAUGCUGCACAAGCUGCCUAAGUGCAUUGUGUCAGUGUUUGUGACCGUGCUGGAGAAUGACGGAGGAGUCUUGACCGCUGCUAUCAAUUGCGCGUCACUGGCGCUGGUUGAUGCCGCUGUGGAGAUGUACGACGUGGUCACGGCUGCGAGCGUGGGCAUUGUGAAUGGCUUUGUGGUCCUGGAUCCGAACAGGGAUGAAGAACAGCGUGGAGAUGGUAGGCUGGCGCUGGCCUACAUGCCGUCGAUGGAACGGGUCACAUACAUGUUGCAAGCUGGCAAGAUACAACACGCGCAGUUGCAAGAAGCGGUCGAUCUUUGCACGGAUGCAUGUACCGGUGUCACGCAGUCGUUACUCACAGCGUCGGUCGUGCAGGCUCUGUCCUAA